AUGAGCAGAUUUGAGGCAGAUAUUCCAGUAACGGAUCUGGAUGACCCUGAGGAUGACUUUAUUGUCACUAGAGGUGAUGCAGACAGCGGGAUUUUCUCCACAGAUAACUACGACAUAGACAACGACUCUCUCAAUCUGAAUGACCUAGAUGAGCCAAGUAUUGCUGAGAGGAUCAGAACUACUUUGUCGUCAUUUCUACGGCCCAAUAACAAAGGAUUUGAGUAUUUUGGUGAUUCCAUUGAAAUGCGCGAUAGGAGCAGAUCUUUGUCGAGUUUCGCCAGCAGUGAAGACUACUUGACUUACCCCAACGAUGGACUCCAGAUAGGUGGAUACAAGAGAAAGUUUACCAAAACUCAAUUCAAUUUUCUUUUGAUUGGCUUUGUGACUUUUCUGGUGGGAUGUGCUGUUCUUCUUACAAAAAAUAAGGCUAAGUUUGACAGCAGCGAAUCUUCUCCAUCUCAGGGUGCUGAUCUGAAGACCAGGUACUCCAAUGGAACGGAUAUCUUCUACCCUACUACCAUUCUGAUAUCGUUAGACGGGUUUCAUCCUCACUACAUUUCGAAGCAGACAACGCCUUUUUUGCAUGAUUUGCUGCUGGAAGGUUACGGUUCCCCAUACAUGAUUCCAUCCUUCCCAUCUUCCACAUUUCCGAACCAUUGGACUUUGGCAACGGGUUUAUACCCAUCAGAACACGGCAUUGUGGGUAACAGCUUUUUUGACCCUGAUUCUGGAAAGCAGUUCAUCAAUACGAACCCUGAACUUAGCCUGCUAGAGCAAUGGUGGGGAGGAGAUCCAAUAUGGCAGACUGCAGCUCUGCAGGGAGUGAGUUCUGCAAUCCAUAUGUGGCCUGGAAGUGAAGUCCCAGUCGCGUCUGGAGAACCAUUAGAGGUGGAUAAAUACAAUGGCAGUGAAGUUCUGUCUGUGAAAGUGGAUAGACUGUUGAGCUGGUUGGACCGUGAUACGGAUACUCGGCCAGAGCUAUUGAUGUCAUACGUGCCAACGAUAGAUUCGCUGGGUCACAAAUAUGGGGUUUCUGGCAAUCAACUCGAAGAAGGCUUGAGAUAUGUGGAUAACUUCCUGGAUAGUAUCUAUAUGGGGUUGAUUCUCAGGAAUCUUACGGAAAUCGUCAACUUCGUUGUGGUUUCUGAUCAUGGAAUGUCUCCUACUUCCAACGACCGUCUGAUCUACCUGGACGACUUGGUUGAUAUGAAGAAGAUUGAGCACAUGGACGGAUGGCCAUUGUUUGGGCUGCGUCCAUUUAAGCAAUAUUCGGUUGAGGAAGUGUACAAUGAGAUCCAAGGAAAUCGCCAAAAUGGCUCCCAUUUCACCGUCUAUAAGCGAGAGGAUCUGCCAAAAGAAUGGCACUUCGGCUACAUUGAAAACCAAUACACCUCUAGAAUUGCACCUAUAUGGGUCGUUCCCGAGGUUGGGUAUACUGUGACCACCCAUGCCGAGAUGAAGCGUAAGGGCUUCGACUACCAUCCUCUGGGAAUACACGGUUACAAUAACACAGAGGUCUUGAUGAGGGCUCUUUUCCUCGGGGAUGGUCCUUUUUUCGAGAAGAAGCUUGGUAGUGCUCCGAAGAAACUCAAGCCAUUCCAAAACACAGAGAUUUACAGCAUUAUUUGUGAGAGUCUGGACCUCAUUCCUGCUCCGAAUAACGGUUCUGCGAGAACAGCCAGAGGUGGGUUAGUGGAUUCGUACGUGUCCAGUGCCAACCUUCUGGAGAAAGAUUGGCAAGACGCAUAUGAUUAUCCAAACGUCAGCUUUGAGCAUGACAUGACGAUGCUGCGCACGGAAGCAACUUACGACUUAAUAUGGAGGAAGCACAUGAGCGACCUCGAGGGGGGUGACCUUCCAGUUGAUCCAACUUCGUCUUUGCUCAAGUCUGAGUCCUCGUAUUCAACUUUCAUUACUCCGGAGUCUGUUCCUGAUCCUUCUUAUUAUAGCAGUAUCUCGUCAGAGUCUUCGACUGCUGCUUCGACUGCUGCUUCGACACCCUCUCCCUCUACAGAGGAGGGCGACGCUGUAAAUGGUGGCGAGAGUAAUAAGGAUGACGAUGACAACGAGGACGAGGAUGACGAGGAUGACAAUGAUGAUGACGAGGACGACGAUGACAAGGACGACGAGGACGACGAGAAAGAUGGUUUCUUGGGGUUCCUGGAAGAUGUCUUUGACGAUCUCGAAGAUACCGUGGAUGACAUCGUGAAUGACAUUGUGGACUCGGUGCAAGACACAUACAACGAUGCCGUCAAUGGAAAACACGGAAAGGAUGAUUGA